GACCAUGAGUUUUUCACGUGAUCAAUGUCUCUUCACACACCACUUCACCGACGAUCAACGAUGACGUAGACGCCACCACAAUGAAUUCGAAUAAUAGAAUGGUAUUCAAUCAGGCGCGCGGUUUCCGAGAGCAGGGCGCGAAAUGAGAAAAGCAUUUUGUCUACUAUACUACCGGUAUGUUUUCAUUCAUUCUAAUUCUCUCUCCGAUCCCGCGCUCAUAUGUAUGCUCUCAUCCUAAAUACACAGUCUCGACGAUCAUCUUGUGACGGUUUUCGGAUUUCUUACCAUGUCAGCAAAAACUUUUCAUUCUAUUUUAUGAUAUUCUUUUGACUAUUCAAGGCUUGUAUUCAUUGUGAUCAUGUUUUUCAUCCGCAGACAGUGAUAAAUCGAGAUAUUUGGUAUUUUAUCCAGCCUACAUCCAGUUUUUUGUCUUCUCUUGCCAGCCGAGCACGUUGUGAAGCAGCGCCCUCGAUCGUCAGCAGCUGAUCAUCUCAAAGCAUGUUUAGGAUACGAACGUGUUCAUGUCUUAUCUCAAAUUCGGAGGUGGUUAGUCCAAGGUUCACUCAAAUCAAACGUUGGGUCUCAAAUACGACGACAAGAGAACUGUCGAAAACGACAUUAUCUGCCAGUCAGAGGCUGAAAGUUCUCCCAUAUCCAUAUCUUCGUCCGUGUCUAAAUAUGGCCAGUAUAAUUGAUGGAAAGGGCAUUGCCAAGGAGAUUCGUCAAGAACUCCAAGGAGAGGUGGCCAUGUUGAAAGAGAGACAUCCUGGUUUCAUGCCCGGUCUUGCCAUUGUUCAGGUUGGAAACAGAUGUGAUUCUAAUCGAUAUAUCAAAUUCAAGCUUGCUGCAGCUGCCGAGAUUGGCAUGGUAGCCCAGCAUUAUAAACUUCCAAGCUCCAGUACACUACCUGAGGUUGUGAAUAAGAUCCAGGAUCUGAAUAAGGAUCCACGUAUCCAUGGUAUCAUAGUUCAGAUGCCACCUGAAACCAAUGAACCCAUAGAUGAGGAUCUUCUACUCAAUGCUGUGGCUCCAAGCAAAGACGUGGAUGGAUUGACUGACCGCAGUGCAGGGAAGCUAGCAAGGGGUGAACUUGGGCAAUGCUUUCUACCAUGCACACCUAAGGGAUGUCUGGAACUGCUCAAGAGAUCGGGUGUUGAGGUAGAAGGUAAAAAGGUGGCUGUCCUAGGAAGGAGUAAGAUUGUCGGAGCUCCGAUGUCGGAUCUCCUUAGAGCUAAAAAUGCCACAGUCACCAUGUGCCACUCCAGGACAAAGAACAUUGAUGAGAUUAUUCGCGAGUCUGAUGUGAUCAUAGUUGCUAUACGUCAGGCUAAGUUUGUUCAGAAGGAAUGGAUCAAACCGGGAGCAGUAGUUAUAGACUGUGGAAUCAACUUCAUUGAAGAUCCAUUCUCCAAGCAAGGUAGGAAGAUGGUUGGUGAUGUAGACUAUGAUGGUGUCAGGGAGGUAGCAGGAGCUAUUACUCCGGUCCCCGGUGGAGUAGGACCUAUGACUGUAGCUAUGCUCAUGGGGAACACCGUGGAGAGCGCCAAGAAGACCGUCGAAGGAACUCUGGGUGACCAAUGGAAGAUGAGAUACCUACCCCUUCAUCUCAAGCAACCUGUCCCCACUGACAUUGAGGUCUCCAGGGCUCAAAAACCAAAGGAGGUCUCAGAAUUAGCCCAGGAACUACAGCUUCUACCCAGUGAAAUAGACUACUAUGGCAAGACCAAGGCCAAGAUCUCUCUAUCAGUACUAGAUAGGCUAAAGGACAGGGCUCCAGGAAAGUACAUCGUUGUUGGAGGAAUCACACCAACUCCUCUGGGAGAAGGCAAGAGCACCACCACCAUCGGACUAACCCAGGCUUUAGGAUCCCAUCUCAAGAAGAAUGUAUUUGCAUGUGUGAGGCAGCCAUCCCAAGGACCCACCUUUGGUAUCAAGGGGGGUGCAGCGGGUGGAGGCUAUGCUCAGGUCAUUCCUAUGGAAGAGUUCAAUCUCCAUCUUACCGGAGACAUCCAUGCAAUCACAGCCUCAAACAACUUACUUGCUGCAGCCAUUGAUGCAAGGAUCUUUCACGAAUCAACUCAGACAGACACCGCCCUCUAUGGCAGGCUAGUGCCAAGCAAGAAGGGCGUCCGACAGUUUUCAGAUAUCCAGCUCGGCAGACUCCAGCGUCUUGGCAUUGAUAAGACCAAUCCUGAUGACCUAACAGAAGAAGAGAUGGGACGUUUUGCUCGUCUUGAUAUUGAUCCAUCUACUAUUACGUGGCAAAGAGUCAUGGACACCAAUGACCGCUACCUUCGUAAGAUCACCAUUGGUCAGUCUCCCACCGAGAAGGGCUACACCCGUGAGACACAGUUCGAUAUCACUGUGGCUAGCGAGAUCAUGGCUAUCCUUGCCCUGACCACAGACCUAGGGGACAUGAGGACCCGUCUUGGUAAGAUCGUCGUCGCUAGCAACAAACAAGGAGAACCUGUGACGGCUGAUGAUGUUGGUGUCGGAGGUGCUUUGGCUGUUCUUAUGAAGGAUGCUAUCAAGCCAAACCUAAUGCAGACACUUGAGGGGAAUCCAGUAUUCGUUCAUGCUGGUCCAUUCGCUAACAUUGCUCAUGGCAACUCUUCUAUCCUGGCUGAUAAGAUCGCUCUGAAGCUUGUUGGAGAACAUGGAUUUGUCAUCACUGAGGCUGGAUUUGGGUCUGACAUUGGAAUGGAGAAGUUCUUUGACAUCAAGACCCGAUACUCUGGUCUAACACCCAAUGCCUGCGUGAUUGUAGCUACAGUCAGGGCACUCAAGAUGCAUGGUGGUGGACCCAAUGUGACAGCUGGAAAGCCUCUUGCCUCUGAAUACAGUGAAGAGAACCUUGAACUACUAGAGAAAGGAUUCUGUAACCUUAGGAAACAGAUUGAGAAUACAACACAUUUUGGAGUGCCAUGUGUCGUUGCUAUCAACCAGUUUGUAACUGACACCCCCAAUGAGCUAGCCCUUCUCCAGCAGCUAUCUAAGGAAUGCGGUGCCUUUGAUGCUGUAGUAUCAAACCAUUGGGCUCAUGGAGGACAAGGUGCUGUUGAUCUAGCCAAGGCUGUAGAGAGGGCCUGCUACCAGCCAAGCGACUUCAAGUUCCUCUAUGACCUUGAGCGUCCCGUUGAAGAUAAGAUAUCAACCAUCGCCCAGAAGAUCUACGGAGCUGAUGGCAUUGAGCUCUCUGAGGAGGCACAGAAGAAGAUUAAUCUGUAUCGAAGCCAGGGAUUCAACGAUCUACCCAUCUGUAUGGCCAAGACUCAUCUCUCCUUGUCACAUGACCCGUCUAGGAAGGGCACGCCCUCUGGAUUCACUCUACCAAUCAGAGAUGUACGAGCCAGCGUAGGGGCGGGAUUCCUGUACCCUCUUGUGGGAACCAUGAGCACAAUGCCUGGCUUGCCGACCAGACCAUGUUUCUAUGACAUCGACAUUGACACCGAUAAUGAAACAAUCUUUGGUCUCUUCUAAAUGAAUGAUCUCGUCCUUGUUCUUUUGGCAACCAAGGAAUUAUUUCGUCCAUGGAGAUUGGCUGUUGAUAUGGCAUGUAUUCUUAUUAAUAAUUAUCAUUUGAACAGGACUGAUAUGUUAAUUCAUUGUGUUGGACCUUAUUGUACCGUAUGGAAUCUCUGUGAUGUGCACAUUUAUUCUUCUCUCAUGUUUUACAAGUUUACAGGUGUGCUCAAUUAUUUUAUCAUUAAAAUUGUCCCUUUGUUGGGUAUUAAUAAUGAAUACAACAUUACAGUGUCACACAUGACUCUACUCACAAUAAAAGCAAACAUGCUUCAGCUUUAUGAUGUGCACCAUUUUGAAAUUCUAUUGACUCUGAGUUGAUGUACUGUACACAGAUAGUAUUACCAUUGCAUUCAAUAUUUGACAUAUUUUUUACAUUCCCCCCCCAAAUAUUUGUAAUAUGCAGAUAUUAAAUUGAGUUAACUAAAAUGGAUGUUUAGAAUGUUGAAAAAUUAUUGGUAAAUUUGAACAUUUUUAUCUGAUAUCCAACCAUGUAAAUUUAUACAUUCCUUUGACAAACAGUCAGAGUUGAAAAGAAGUCGUCAUUUUAAUGUUGGAGUAGAUCAUUCAGAUGCGCUCUUGAUUAGUGAGAAAAAGAUCUGUCAGCCAGCCUGAUAAGAAAUGUAAAAUGAUGUCCAAUAGCGCAAAAAUGUACAUUAUUCAGUGUGUGAAUUAGACUUCUAUCAAGCGUAGAUGCUUGCAGCAAUCUUGCAUUAUGUCUUGGCUUGGACAAUGAUUUUUGUAUGAAAAAAAUGUUUUUUAUAGGAUAUUAUCUUGGAGUUCCAUCAAAUUAUGUUUCAUUUAUUUCGUGAAAAAAAAUUGUAUUAAUGAAGUAAGAAAUUUGUACAUGUUGUAGAGGUUUAUAGGCUGUUUGUCUUCAAUAAUGUAAUUAGAUUUGUAUAUAAUUAUAAGAUUAUUUAGUGUUUUUCUAGUUCUAUAUAAAUCUAACUGAAAUUCUGAUGAUGUUUCCCAUUUUAUCAUGAAAAUAUUCUAUUCUCUUUCUCAAUAAUGCAUUGCCAGCUUUAAUGCUAGGGAGGGCUGAGGUUCGAGGCAGACUUGUUUCCUCAAAACUAUAAAUAUUUUUUAAAAGGAAAAAAAUAUAUUGUCUGCUAUUAUGAGUUGCGAUUGACUUAGUUCACAUGAGGAUGUAAAUGAGAGAAAAUAGCAAGGCCUGAGAAGGAUAUUAUGAAAUUUAUUUGUAAGAUGUGCCUUUGAUAAAUCUUGAAUAUAGGACAUUAUAUAUUGGCAACAAAGUUCUGCCAGAGCUAAAUGGUUACCUUUAGCAUUACUGAAGUGUGUUUACGAUGGAAUGUUGAUAAUAUUUGUAUCUACUCGGCAUUAUGGAUGUUCUUAUGUGAUCUUAUGUAUUUAUCGCUGUGAUUGUUUACAUGAAAUUGACUUUUAUGUAUGUUUCAAAUAUAAAUACUUGUGUGGUUUUAAGGCCUGUAAUGGGGCUUUUUUUUAUCCCUAAUAAAUGAAGAAGAAUCCAUGAAUAUUCAUAUUAAAUCAAUGCAAGAGUCCAGAGUUUAUAUAGUAGAAAGAGGAUGGGCCCCUUUACACUGAGAUGGUGGCAUAAUGCAGACAAGUUCUAUAUAUUAUUUGGUUAUUUCACAUUAUCAUUGUAUCAACUAAUGCAUGUUUAUCUGGUAUAUGUUGUGUGUACAGAUCACCGUUGGCAAUUAAUCUGUCUUACACUGAUGUUAAAAUUCAUUGGUGUGGUUAGUUGGGUAUGAUGUAUUUUGUUUAUCGAGCACUAUCUUUUAUGUAGCACAAUGCAAAUUACAAUCUAUUCUUUUUUGGUGAUUUUUUUUGGUAUUAUGUUUUUGCUAUUUUGUUUUCCCUUUGUGUAAUAAUCUGGGAUAUGAUCCAAUCAGUGAAUACUGUUGUAUGAAAAAAAUGUAUUUUGUUUGAAAUUAAAGGUUAACAUUAUUUAA